AGAAAAGAUAUUGGGUUGCAUGCGAAAAGUUUUUCUGGGGGAGGGUUUCUAAAACAUGUACUCGAGGUUUGUGUAUAAAAGGGAGCUCAACGAUGAGCUUCUCCUCACACUUGAGGAAAUAAAUCAAGAUGGUUCGCUCUGUACGAUUUUGGCGAGGACAAUGGAAGAAGAGUGGGAGUUCAUAACCCAUCCAGAAGACAUAGGCUAUAGGGUGGUCGUCUACGAAACUGUGAGCUACGAUACGAUUGACCAGAUAAUAAGACAGCGCUACGGUCUCAGCCAGUAUACACCUCUUGUCAUUUCUCACCGACUUCCUAAUUGGAUGCUCGGCCCCCAAGGUAACCGGGCACCGCCGAUGACGAUCUCGAGCACAGCUGUGUUGUCUUGGCUUCUCCAUGGGAGAACCUGGAUAAGUGAGCUUCCUAUGCUCAUAACGAUGGGUCCAAAAGACAUUGCUGAAUACGAGUUUCACUACCGUACUAAUUUUUAGGCAAUACAACGUAUGUCCUUGAUCACACCGCAAACGAGAACUCGAGAGCCGUUUACGAAAGUAAAUUUCUAAAGCCUAGAGAGAAUAAUAUCAAGUGACUUGCUAAUAAAUUUUGAUGAAUGUAUAAUAUUUGUUUUACAAUGCAACAGGUUUAGUCUUUGGAAAUCGUGCAGCACAGACCGAGCGGGUCAUGGAUGCUUUAUUUCCACAAGACAGCUUGCGGCUCUUCCACCGAGUUUCGUUGGAGAUGGCUUUCGCAGACAAUUUUCUGGCUAACCAACACGGAGGCACACAACCAGUUAGAGAGAUCAUCAAACUUGACGACGAUGAUACUGAAAUGGAUGAAGGAGCUCAAGGAAAUGCGACACCUGGUGAGUGGUGGAUCUAUGUAUAUUAGUUAGCACGUUAAUAAUUUUUAUUGUAAUGUAAGGCUUUAAGAUUAGCCGGUUAUCUGAUCUUCAUUGACAA